AUGUCCGCUGCCGGGCCGGAGCUUGCUGAGCCCUCCGGUGAGCCAGCGCCGGCCAGCGGCGUGGCCCUGCUGCUGCGCACCGCCGCGGAGGCGUGCUUGCCGGCUUUGCGGGCGCAAAUUGAAGCGCAGGACCUUCUGCCGCAGCAGGCCCUCGGCGCCCUGUCCUUCUGCUGCGAGGUGCUGAGCCGAGUGCUGGUGAACUUGGAGGACCCGGCCGCCCUGGCCAAGUUCGGGAAGCUGAAGGUUGCAGCGCUGCGCAAGCGCCUGACGCGCAGGCCAGAGCUUGCGGAGAAGGUGCUUCAGGCCGCGGGCUUCCGUGAGGCGGGGGAUCACCUGGAGUGGGGCCCCGAAAGCCCCGAGGCUGUCAGCUGGGGCGGGGUGGGGUGGAUGGCCAUCGAAAGCUUCACCGAUGAGGACGAGUACGACCCGGACAUCAAGCUGACGGUGAUCCGCGACUUCUCGGGCGACAUCAUGCGGCAGAGGCGGAAGAAGGGCUUGGGAGACACCUCCUCCACCAGCGACACGGAGAGCCCGGGCACGGACUCGCUGACCUCCUCGGAGUUCAAGUCGUACGAGCCGGAAGACGCCAUUACCAACUGGGGCGUGCUUGUGGGCAAGGCGAUCUGGUGCCGAAUGAAAGGGCCUGGCCAAAAUGGCAACCGCCGCAAGCUAGGGCUGGUUUCGGCUGCCUUUGCUGGCACCUACGGGCACUGCCUGAAUUUCACGGCCACGCCCUCCGAGAAGGAGAGAGAGAGAAGCAAGCCGCGGCAAGCGCGGGGUGCGCAGCGGCGCGCGGCCACCGUGGUGAGCCAGUUGCAGGAGCUGGUGAAGCGCGUCUCCAAAGAGACGGAGGACAAGCUGGAUGGAAGAUGGAAAGAAGAUGCCCUCAGCUUCCUUUUUAGCGCUGACUACGUGGACACGCUGAUCAUGCUGGCCAGCGGCGCGCGGCGCUGCUUCGAGCAAGAGCAGACGGUGGUCCAGGCGAGGCAGCCCUGCCGGGUCUUCGGCGACAUCCACGGGCAGCUGCGGGACCUGCUGCUCUUCUUCCACGCCUUCGGGCUGCCGGGCCAGGGCCGCUCCGUGGUCUUCAACGGGGACUUCGUGGACCGCGGCGCCCAUCAGCUGGAGGUGAUUGGCGUCCUCUUCGCAUUGAAGAUCACCUAUCCCUCGCACGUGUGGCUGGUGCGGGGCAACCAUGAAGAUAGCUGCAUGAACCGCCCCGCGGCUGUUCAGAAGCACCCAGCACACCUCGAACACUGUCAAUGA